AUGACUAACAAGGGCGCUGACAGAAAUCCGCAAAAUCAGACAACCCGAAGAAUCUUUCCCGAAAUAGAACAAGCGUGGCACGAUGUUACCUCGGGUACUGUGCAAGAUCCAUAUCGAAGACGGGCUCUUUUCAUUGUGCAAGAAUCCCCAGGUGGGCUUAGCUUUAGACCCAGCAUGACCACUAUGGAGAGCAAAAGAGAUUGUAUUGCUGAUUUCUCUAAGGUAAUGCAGACAGUAGAACAAAACCAGAGUGAUGACACAGAUUUGUUGGAAAAACUCACUCAUGUUUCAGAGAACAAAGAGAGCUACUAUGAAAGGCGUAUUGAAAGAACUCUCGCACUCAAAUAA